ACUUUUUUACUUUGCGUUUUCAUUGAUACCAUUUUAUAUUUUAGGAUUUUUUAUUUACAAACAUUAUACACUUAUUUUUUUAGCAGUUGCCUAUUUUUAUAUAUAUAAAAAAUGUUUGAUUGCCAAAACGAUGACGAGGGUGAAUAUUUCGAAGGUUUAUAUGAAAAUGGACACUGGGAUUGGAAUAAUCACACUCAAGGGCUUAUUUUUAUAAGUGACCUAACUUCCAAACCAAACGACGUUAAGAUAUUGCCUCCAGCUACAAUAAUUGGACCAAUUCAAUUCAAAGACGAUAUAGGUUUAAUAGAACAACAACGUUUCAAAAAACGUUAUCAAAGGAAAUCAUCUGGGGAAACGGAUGUCGUUUUUCUUCAGGAUAUAAAAGAUAUUGUAAUAUACACAGCACCUAUAAGUAUACUCAACAAAUCGGUGAUUAACAUUUUACACACAUCUGCAGCCGAUCGCUUUUUGAGAGCUUCAAUAUUUUAUUUCCAAUACUAUCUACAGAUAGCAGAUGAAAUGAAUAAGCGAAUACUGGACUUAGAAAACAAAAUACGUACUAAAAACAGCAUCAAGACGGAAUCAGUAUUUCGUGAUAACCUUCAAGAUCUGCGUUUGUUAAUAACUAAGGAAUAUUGCAACAUACUCUUAGGUGCUGAAGAAUAUAAGAAAUAUCAUCAUUUGGGACCUAAAAAGAAGUCACGAUCAAUGUCUAAAAAAGAAAGCGUAAUAUUUGAAUCUGUUCUACGUAUCAGUAUACAAAUAAUAUGGGUGGCUCUUGGUCGAAAAAAAAUUAAUGAAAUUGAAUUAGAAAUGCAUAGAAUAUUUAAAUCAAAAAUAUUCAAUAUGGCAGAACAUAAGUUAGCACAUAAUUAUAAAACUACACUAACACUGGAAGAGCUGUGCGUCUUGCAAGGACAUUGCUUUAAUCCUAAUAACAAGAAAUUAAAUAUGCGCGCCCCUCUCAUGAACGAACUCACCUGUCAUCGAGAUGUUAGCUUCAUGGUUUUUGGUCUUGGAGUCGUUAAAUAUUCUAGAUUAAACUCCCGACUUCGCUACAUGGAGCGAGUUUUAAUAGCGCCGGAGAUGAUGUUCAGUGAACUACAAGUCACAAUUGGUAUUAUUGGGUUACCGCGGGCCCGUUUCAAUACUAUGCUUAGAGAGAUCAAGGUACCAGCACCCACUACCUCAUCUGGAGCCAGUGUCCGUCAAUCUAUGUCACGUCUAGCAUCCAGAUUUUCUAAGAGUACUGGCACUGCCCGUACCCAAAAACUAUAUGAUGAUAUUUACUUACCGCCACAAGAUUUUGAAGAAAGGGAACACCUACCCGAAUACUUCCCAACUGAGAGUUAUCCUAACAAGACAUGCAACCACCAGCACAGACUCAAAUGGUUGGCGCGCAUCACCCGUCUCAGAAGCGGCCGGCGAAGUGCCAAGAUCAGACAUCCGUGAUGUGCCUAACAAAACUUUGUGUUACCGAGUAACAGAAAUCCUAAAUAUAUACUCGUAUUGUUGGUAUAAAUCUUUUGAUUG